ACCCUCUCGUCAAACAUGACAACAAACAUGGCGGCCUCCUGCUCGUUAGUGUGUUGUAAAGAGGAAAGAGAAGGCGACAAAGCUGUUAUGGUCCGGUUUUCAAACGGCAGCGUGAGGAAUGCAGACAAACUGGAUUUCUCCAUGUACAAGAGCGUAGAUGAGAACAACCCCAGGAAGAGAAGCAGACGGAUACUGGUUGCUGAAUCAGAGAGACUGUCCUAUGUUGGAAAUAAUUUUGGAACGGGGUCACUGAAAUGCAACAACCUUUGCAAAUAUUAUGUCGGCGUGCUGAACAAACAGACCAUGCAAAUGGAGGUGCACAAUGCUCAGCUCUUCAACUUGCAGCCUGUCAUACCAGGAGAGACGGACACUGCAACAUCCCAGGACACGACUCUGACCUACAGAGAAAAGGUUGAUUCUUUGAUAUCAACGUUUGGCACCAACAAACAAAAGAAAGCUCUGAGCUCUCGCAGGCUGAAUCAGGUGGGCAGCGAUACACUGCACCAAGCUGUGGCUAAAGCUGCCAGCAAUGUGAUCGACCAGAAGGGUCUGGAAGCUCUACAACAGGAAGUUGCCGAGACAGAGUCCCAAGGAGAUCUGGCUCUCCAUCUGCCUCCCUGCGAUGCAAACGCAGACAAACCUGAGGACGUCUACCUACUGGACGAUCUCCUGACUCCUGUUGAGUUUGAAACUUUGGAGAUGGCCGGUUCCAAGUUGGCAGAACUCAGCCCUGAGGAGCUGCAGAAGAUGGCGAAUGACGGAGGGAGCCUGUGUGUUGUGAAGCACCUCGAGAACCUGCCGACUGAAGAUGAAGCCAGGCACAAGCUGGCACGAGCCGCCUUUUACCUCUCAAUGCUGCUUAAACUGGCCCGGCAGAAGAACAUCACCCGCAAGUUUGGGCAGGAGGAAGGCUGCCCGCGCAUCAUUCAAAACAAGCUGCUCAAAACAUUCACUGUGGAGACUUUCAACAAUGGCAGGGUCCUGAACGUUGUGUCAACAUCAAUGAAAGCCAAAAUAGCAGCGCACUCUCUGGCCGUGCUCCUGCACAUGGGUCACAUGACUGCUGACCUCACGUUACUGCACCGCGAUCUAGGAAUCACUGAGGCCAGGAUGAUUGAAGUUGCAAAGUCAAUGGGACUGACCCUAGUUAGACCGGCCCGGGGGAAGACUGAGCCUGGACUGCAAGGCGAACACAAGCAGGCGUCCCUUCUUGUACCUCUGAUCAAAUAUGAUCAGUUCAUGGAGAGACGGAAACGCAAGAAAAUGCACUGAAGACACUAACAGGAGAGGACAAAGAACCGGAUCAAGAGAGAACUGUUUUAUUGAUGCAUUUUGUAGACAAAUAAAAUGAUGAACUCUUGAGUUAUACGUGAUGUUUUAAGUUAAUAUUUACUGUGCAUGAUACAAAAAAAGCAGCAGAGUAUUGAGCUGUAAACAAAUUCUAGGUGACAACCGAGACAGAUAAAACAGAGGCACAUUUUGUAGACAUCACAUAUUGCACACUGAACAGAAUUGUCCUUCUGUAACUUGCAAUUACCGGGUGAGUCUGUGAAGUUGUGUACUGAACGGAAUUCCAUCAUGAAGUCAAAGCUUCAUCUUAAAAACAUGGGCAUGAUACAAAAACAGACUCACCAGGAAAUAGAGCAGCUCCAUCAUUUUUGCAUAUACACCUUGCACUAUGACAACUCCUUCCCCAGCUACAAUCACUGAAGAAGUGAAACAAGGCACAACUUUACUUUGUAGGAUGGUUGAGGCUUUGGCCCCGUUCAGACUCGGUGUUAACAUCCGUCCUGAGAGAUCUGAUAGCAAGUUGACAGUGAUACGUUUGUCUGUUCACACCGGGCAUUAAAACACGUCCUGGAUGUGUCUCUUGAGUGACCACUUGUGAUCGGAUCCCCCUUCUCCAGUUCGAUAUGCAAAUAAACACACGUCAGUUCGGUUUCUGAAUACCAAAUCAUGUCGUUUUGACCAAGUCUGAGUUUACGGAUGUGUCUGUCACUGUCGGUGCAAGCGAGAGAGGGUAAAGAGUGAGGAGUCAGGAUGGGCUGAAAGAAUGAAUCUAUCUAGUAUCACAAAUUAUGUGUUAGACUGUUGAUUUUGUGACACUGGCCAUGAAUAAAUA